UCUGACAGUUUACAUUUGUCUUCAACGUGGGAAAGAACUAAUUGUUAUGAACAAGUGAGAAAAUCAUCAUUGGCUAAAAUCGCGAAAAAAAGUUAGAAUUCUCUUGGAAUGUGGUGUCACGAAGGAAAAGUGAGUUUGGCUGCUUUUAUUAGCGGCAUAAUAACAACUGUCUUCACAUCACUUUUGGCGGUGAGCUUCUUUUCUCUGGAGCUGAAUACAUUUCGCAAUUUCGGAUUAGUAUUUAUCGGACCAAUCGGGACAUAUGCGCUCUUCUGCUUGAUAACUUUUUUCGUUACGAGCACAAAUGAUUUUGCGGUAGUAAAAAGAGCUACGGCUCUCGGUGUGUGUUUUGGAUUGUCGGUUAUCUCAAUAUAUUUUUCUCCGAUUGCAUGGAAACGAUUGGGUGUAUAUUUUCUAUUCAUGUCAACUUUUCACUUCAGCGAAUAUAUCACAAUCUCAUGGGCCAAUCCACAAACUCUAAGCACAGACACAUUUAUGUUGAACCACUCUAUCGCAUAUCUUGUGGCAGCAACAACAUCGUGGUUAGAAUUUUUAAUCGAGGUGUACAUGUGGCCAGGGUUAAAGGGAAAUACAUCGAUUCUUCUGGUUGGAGUUGUGAUGUGUGUGUCUGGUGAAAUCCUGCGGAAACUUGCAAUCGUCACAGCGAGCAAAAGUUUUAAUCACAUAGUUCAAUACCAAAAAAGUGAAGACCAUGUACUGGUCACACACGGAGUCUAUAGACUGUGUCGGCACCCAUCAUAUGCGGGCUGGUUUUGGUGGUCAAUUGGCACACAAAUAAUUCUGGCUAAUCCUAUUUGCUCGAUAGUUUAUAGUUACAUAGUUUAUAGAUUCUUCUAUGAGCGCAUUCUAGUUGAAGAAGUCACAUUAGUGAAUUUCUUUCAAGAAAAAUAUGUAGCAUAUCAGAAUUGUGUUCCAACAGGCUUACCCUUUGUUAAUGGUUAUGUUGGAAGUGAAUGUAACGAAAACGAGCUAUCAUUCACUCAAACGUAGCAACAGAGAUUACUAUGAGAUAUUUUUAUUCAUAUGGGAUAGAAAUUGUUUACUAUAAUAUCGUUUACAAAUGACGGCACAAGCGAUACACACACAGACAUUGUGUUGACACACGAAGAGUGUUCAAAGAAAGAAGUGAGCGAAACAUGUGCAUGCACGCUCCGCGCAGCUCAUCGUAAGUGUGAAGAGUAUAACGAAGAAAUAGCGUCUCUGUGUGUGCAGAAUCGCUAUUGUGUAUUAAUGCGUUUCGCUGAACACAACGCGCGAAAAAUAUUAGAUAUUUUUGGACUCUGAACAUUGAACGCGUUGAACGUUGAACACAACGCGUGAAAAAUAUCUGUUAUUUUGAUGCGAUAUUUUUAUCCCAUAUGAAUAAAAAUAUCCCAUAGUAAUCUCUGCGUAGCAAUGUAAAUAUAGAGAUGAAUAAUUUAUUCUAUUUAUUUGACAAAUAGACAAAUGGGUAAAGAUUGGAUCAUUUGAAAACUACAUUUAAACUUAUCUUAUAUAUAUUUUUUUUUAUUUUUUCCUUUUGUGUCUCAUCACUGAACAACAAUGAAAACCUAAUAAAUAUUUUGGAGAAAAAGACGUUAAAAA